AUGAGUCAGUUCACAGUGCAACCAGUCACCCCAACUUUGGUGAGAGCCUCAGUAGUCAUACUGUUGCUUGCAUUCUUUUUGUACCAUGCAUCCAAACUCUUUUUCUUCGUCUUCAUAUACCCGUUUUACGUCUCCCCUCUGAGGAAGCUUCCUGGACCCAAGAAUAAUAAUCUCAUCUUUGGCCAAUGCAAGAAGUUCCUCAAGGCCGCCUGGGUUCCUUACCUCUAUCAAGAGUGGUCCCAUCGAUGGCCCGAGAGCCCCUUCAUUCGCUUUUUAGGGCUCUUCAACUCAGAAUACCUUAUCAUUAACUCGGUUCAAGCCUAUCAAGAAGUUCUUCAGACCAAGAAUAGUUCAUUCUCCAAGCCAGCGUUGACGAGAAAGGCUGCUACUGUUGUGAUUGGCGAUGGCCUUCCAUUUGCAGAGGGUGAUUUGCACCGCCGCCGCAAAGGUGUUCUGCUCAUGGAAAGCCUUCUGUGGAAAGCAUCCCUUGAUCUAAUUGGAAUCAAGGCGCUAGGAGUAGACUUGAACCACGUCGAGUCCGAUGACUCGCAACUUCACACACUCGUCGGUGAAACCAUGAAGCAAUCACUCUCGGGGCAUAUUAUCCACUACCUCAGCUCGUACUUGCCCCUGAGGAGACUUCUGCCUAUCGAGAUGAACAAUAACUUCCUGAGUUCUUGUGCACAAAUAAGAGAAUUGAUAUGGGCCCAUGUUCGGGACUGUCGUUGUCAAAUCAAUAGCGGCACCAAGACGGGAACUUCCAAUGCGAUCCGUCUUAUGAUGGAGCAAGAGCCCCUUUGGAAUGAUGAAGAGAUUGUGGAAUAUAUUUUAAACCUUCUGAUAUUGGGCCACGACACUACAUCAUGUAGCUUGGUGUGGGCAGUGUCAAUCUUAUCAAGAGAUCCUAAACAUCAAGACCGUAUCCGCAAGGAGCUUGAAGACCUGGGACUAGAUCCAGAGGUACUUGGCUAUGAGCAGAUUGAGCGCCUACGGUUCCUCGACAACUUUAUUCGAGAAGUGUUGCGAACACACUGUCCAGUCGCCUAUGUCCCCCGAGAGGCCAUCGAAGACGUUGAAAUCGCCGGUGUACACAUCCCCAAAGGCACAGUCAUCCAUCCUUGCCCUGGCGUGAUCAACCUCCACCCGCAGGUCUGGGGUCCGACAGCAAGUGAGUUCGACCCAGACCGGUGGGACAACCUACAAGGCGCUGCUGCAAACGCCUAUGCGUUCGAGACGUUCCACAACGGGCCCCGUGUAUGUAUCGGGAAGCAGCUCUCAAUCGUGGAGAUGAAGGUCAUGCUGAUUAAGAUGGUCACUAAAUUCCGGAUAGAAGCCGUCGACGAUCAGGCGCAAAUCGAGCUUGCUAGUCCAAGUUUUACCUUGAGGCCCAAAGAGAAGCUUUGUGUGAGACUAGUGGAUAUCAUGUGA